AUGCUUCCUCUCUUCAUCAAGGUGCUUCCUCCUCUUGAUCAAGAUGCUUCCUCUCUUCAUCAAGGUGCUUCCUCUCUUCAUCAAGUGCUUCUCUCUUCUUCAAAGUCUUCCUCUCUUGAUCAAGAUGCUUCCUCUCUUCAUCAAGGUGCUUCCUCUCUUCUUCAAAGUAUUCCUCGCUUGAUCAGGUGCUUCCUCUCUUCAUCAUGGCUUCUCUCUUCAUCAGAUGCUUCCUCUCUUCAACAAAGUGCUUCCUCGCUUGAUCAAGGUGCUUCCCACUCCAUCAUGCAGCUUCCUCUCUUCAUCAAGGUGCUUCCUCUCUUCAACAAAGUGCUUCCUCGCUUGAUCAAGGUGCUUCCUCACUCCAUCAUGCAGCUUCCUCUCUUCAACAAAGUGCUUCCUCGCUUGAUCAAGAUGCUUCCUCUCUUCAUCAUGCAGCUUCCUCUCUUCAUCAAGAUGCUUCCUCUCUUCAACAAAGUGCUUCCUCGCUUGAUCAAGGUGCUUCCUCACUCCAUCAUGCAGCUUCCUCUCUUGAUCAAGGUGCUUCCUCUCUUGAUCAAGAUGCUUCCUCUCUUCAUCAAGGUGCUUCCUCCCUUGAUCAAGAUGCUUCCUCUCUUCAUCAAGGUGCUUCCUCUCUUCAUCAAGGUGCUUCCUCUCUUCAUCAAGGUGCUUCCUCUCUUCAUCAAGGUGCUUCCUCUCUUCUUCAAAGUACUUCCUCUCUUGAUCAAGAUGCUUCCUCUCUUCAUCAAGGUGCUUCCUCUCUUCUUCAAAGUACUUCCUCGCUUGAUCAAGGUGCUUCCUCUCUUCAUCAUGCAGCUUCCUCUCUUCAUCAAGAUGCUUCCUCUCUUCAACAAAGUGCUUCCUCGCUUGAUCAAGGUGCUUCCUCACUCCAUCAUGCAGCUUCCUCUCUUCAUCAAGUGGUGCUCUCUUUCAACAAAGUGCUUCCUCGCUUGA